AUGGUAAGAUAUAGUACUAGAGAGGAAGCCGCGAAGGCUCAGGAUGCCCUGGAUGAGAAUCGGUUGGGCUACAAACGAUCCGAAUAUGAAAAGUAUGAGAGAUUACCUGGUGAGAAUAACAAGGAACGUGUCAAGGCUGAGCAUUUGGAAGACAAGGUCGUCGUUAUUUAUUUUCUGCCGUUAUAUUUGGAUUGUCCACACCAGUCAGAGCAUUACAUGUCGGUGCUCAAGGAGGCAAGAGACCCUGAAAAGCUUUUUGAAGAUUUAUUUUCUAGCAUGCCAUGGACUGCUAUACCAUAUUCAGAUGCAGAAACCAGGAAAACUAUGCAAAGAAACUUUGGUUGUGGUAGGCAUAAAGAACACUUUGCAUUAACCAUGUUUGUCGUUGACCCAACUAGCUUGGUUUUGCAAUGUGAUUCUGGGUAUGUUUUUGGGGAAUUUGGAGCCUCGGGCUAUCCUUUUAGUGACAAAAGAUUAGAAUUUAUGCUAGCGGAAGAUGAUGCAGCCGCUAAGCAACCCUCCUUGAGAACACUCUUGGCAACCUCUGAGCGUGAUUAUGUCAUUUCAAACAAAGGACAUAAGGUAUCUAUUGAGACUCUUGAAGAUAAGGUUGUAGCCCUUUAUUUCUAUCAUGCUAGAAGUGCCAACCAUUAUCUAAUUGAAACACUUAAGGUGGCGAAAAAUAAUUACAAAUUUGAGGUCGUGCUCCUCUACAUUACAGAGCCAGAUCUGUGUGAUGGCAGAAGUUAUGGUGAAAAUUCGUUCUGGAAGGAGUUCAAGACUAUGCCUUGGUUGGCGCUGCCAUUUAGAGACGAGUGUUGUAAGAAGUUAGGGCGUGUCUUCAGGCAAUCAAAUAAUGAUGCAGAGGGAUAUGAUAAGCUUGUGAUCAUUGGCCCUCAUGGGAAAUUCAUUGAACCAUUUGGUGCUGACAUCUUGUUGGAGUAUGGUAUUUCAGCAUACCCAUUCACCUUUAGUAAAGCUGUGGAGUUGGAGAUUGAAAAGAUAAAGCAACUGAAACUGGAGAAGCUAUGGGAUAAGAACACUGUCUGUAGAAGGAACAAUGGCUCCCAAGUUUCUUUUUCUGAACUUUGUGGGAAAAGAGUCAUGCUUGUUCUUGAGAGGAUCGGAGGCAGGAAGAGCGAUUUUUGUGAGAGCUCGCCAAACGCCUAUUUCUUAAUAAUGUUGAAAGGAAGGUAUCUUCUGACGAAGGGUACAGAUGAUGAGUUUGAAGUGAUCCGCAUUUUAGCUGAUAAUCUUGAAUUUUCCAAUGGUCGACACUUUGACCUUAAAAUUGAGGGUUAUUCGACUUCACUUGAAGGGGAUCUGGGAGAUCAUAACUGA